UUGAAAGGUACAUACCUGGACGGGGUCGAUGGCCGAUCAGGAAUAGCCAUGGCCUAGACAUCGUGACUUCCCUUGCACUUUGGAAGGGUGCGCGUCUAAGGUCUGCCCUUUGCAGGCAGAGCCUACGUCAUAAUUUGUGGUAGUUGGGGCUUGCGUCAACGCGCAGCCCCUCCCCAAUUUUUCAUCUCUAUAAACCAUUUUGCUCUCUUACACGUUUAUUUAUUCGUUACGAAGACCUUACUAUUCUCUCUUGCGCGUUACAUCUAUCAAUCUAAUGGCUAAGACAAUGGAACUCUCACGAAUUACACUUCGCCCUUUCGAGCUCUCUGAUGUUGAUGAUUUCAUGGUUUGGGCAGGAGAUGAUCGAGUCAUGAAGUUUAUAAGAUGGAAUGUAUUUACGUCCAAGGAACAGGCGCAUGAUUUCAUUAGGGAUGUUUGUAUUCCCCAUCCAUGGCGUAGGUCGAUUUGUGUUGAUGGGCGGUCGGUUGGGUUUGUUUCGGUUUAUCCGUGGUCUGGUGAGGAUCGAUGUAAGGCGGAUGUUGGGUAUGCUGUGGCAAGAGAGUAUUGGGGUCGAGGAAUUGCAACGGAGGCGUUGAGAAUGGCUGUUCCUAAAGUGUUUGAGAGGUUUCCUGAUGUGGUGAGAUUGCAGGCUUUUGUGUAUACUGAGAAUAGGGCGUCUCAAAGAGUUGUUGAGAAAGUUGGGUUUCAGAAAGAGGGGAUUUUGAGGAAGUAUUGUUAUAUUAAGGGUGAAAUUAUGGAUUUGAUUGUUUAUAGUUUUUUGUCAUCUGAUUCGUAAAUAUGAUGAGGAGGAAGAUCGAGUGGUUUUCCGAUUCAUAAUCCCUUUUUCAACUUUGUUUUGUUGUGUUUUACCACUCUUUACGACUUUUUUGCAGUUGUGAAGAUUACUGUAUUUGAUUUGAAGUUUGAAUAGCGGUUGACUUUACAGUAAACCUUCAGAUCAAAUCAGAGCAGAGUACAAUCUCACACACUUGUUACGAAAGUGUGAUUGAAUUCAAAAUUUUUGGGAAGUUGGGCAGUUUUCUACUUGAUUUUAUGGUUCAACAAGAGUACUUCAAUAUUUGAAGUUAUUGAUCAUACGAGUGAACACAACUGUCUUCUAUUAGUAUUUGGAAUGGAUCUAAAACCGAAACCUCAGUUUUUGUCCCAAGUCUAAAUUAAAGAAAUAUGUGAGAUUCUAUGAUUGUUCAGUUAAUUGAAUAAUGUAACUUUUAUUUAAA